AACCUAUUUAUAUUCCUCUUUCUCUUUAUUCUCUCUCUCACUCUCUUUCUCCGUUUCUUCUUACCAUCGACAUUCUUCUCUCUCUUCGCCGUUUCAGUCAGUUCCCACUCCACACUCUCCAAACCCUAUAACACCAUUCCAAUUUUUCAUGACUCCUCUCCGUUUCUUCCACUGAGCUCCCAAUUCCUUCGAAUCGGUGAGCAAGAAGACCCAAUCGGAGAGGACACUCUACAAUACGCGCGCACUCGCGCACCCUUAGAGCUUCUAGAAAAUUUCCGUGAUGGCGGCCACCGCAACCACCAGCCAGGUCUACGUCAACGUUAUCGACGAUGUUGUCACCAAGGUUCGCGACGAGUUCAUCAACAACGGUGGCCCCGGCGAGGAAGUUCUCAAGGAGCUCCAAGCUUUGUGGGAAUCAAAGAUGAUACAAGCUGGUGUUGUUGUUGCUCCCAUAGAAAGGUCCAAUGGAGCUAAACCAACGCCAGGUGGUCCAAUUACUCCGGUUCAUGAUCUUAAUGUGCCUUAUGAAGGGAAUGAAGAGUACGAAACUCCUACUGCUGAAAUGCUUUUUCCCCCUACGCCUCUACAAACUCCAAUGCUAACCCCGUUACCAGGAACCGUGGAUAACUCUAUGUAUAACAUCCCUACUGGACCGAGCGACUACACUUCUGGAAAUGAUACAGGAGGAAGUGCUGAUAUAAAAGGAGGACAAUCUAGUCCAUACGUGCAACAGCAGUCUCCCUCACCCUGGAUGAACCAGAGGCCUUCACUUGACGUUAAUGUUGCUUACGAUGAAGGACGGGAAGAGGCACAAAGAGGAACUUCUAAUCAACCUCUGACACAGGAAUUCUUCACAGCCUCCAUGGGAAAGCGAAAACGCGACGAUUUGUCUUCACAUUAUAACAAUGCUGAUGGAUAUAUACCCCAGCAGGAUGGGGCUGGAGAUUCUGCAUCUGGAGUUUUCGAAAUUGAGGUAUGUGGAGGGAGAAUCUCCAUUAAUGCACAUCAAACUACUUCUAGAGAGAAAAUGUCAGCUAACACAGAGAGGCCAACUUCUGGGAUUCCACAACUUGAUGGACCAAUUCCUUUUGAUGAUGAUAUGCUUUCUACUCCUAAUAUAUACAACUAUGAAGGAGUGUUGAGUGAAGACUACAACAUUGCAAAUACGCCAGCUCCUCCUGAGGUACCAGUAAGCACCCCUGCUCUCAUUGCUCAAAAUGAGGUGGCAAAUGAUAAUGAAGAAGAAGACGAUGAUGAUGAUGAGCCAUUAAAUGAGAAUGAUGAUGAUGAUGAUUUUGAUGAUCUGGACCAAGGAGAGGAUCAACAUACACAUCAUCUUGUUUUGGCCCAGUUUGACAAGGUGACACGUACAAAGAGCCGGUGGAAAUGCACACUAAAGGAUGGCAUCAUGCACAUAAAUAAUAAGGACAUUCUCUUCAAUAAGGUACCUUUGUCUUUAAGGAGAAACAAAUAACGGCAUUUUUUCAUCCUUUCCUUUCAACUUUUUUUCAGAAUGUUACUAUGAA